AUUUAUUUUAUAUUCUAUAAUAUCUUAUACUUUAAUCGAAUUGAAAUUUAUGUAUUUAUAAAAAGGCCCUUUUCUAAUCUAUUUAAUAUAUAUGCUUACAGCUCUUAUUCUUAUUCCUCUUCUUGGUUCUAUCAUUCUUCUUCCUAUUAAUGAUACAACUUCAUUCGGCGCUGACCGAGUAAAGAAGAUCGCACUUAUUUUCUCCCUAAUUACUUUCAUCCUAUCUAUUGUUAUGUGGGGUGAAUUUGAUUCAAGUGCUACAGGUUUCCAAUUUGUACAAGAAUUCAAUACUCUAUCUUUCUGUCAUCUUAACGUUGGAAUCGAUGGUAUUAGUCUUUAUUUCGUACUUCUUACUACAUUUAUUACACCGCUUUGUCUACUUUCUAACUGGGAUAACAUUAACUACGGUAUCAAGUUCUAUAUGAUCUCUUUCCUUGUUAUGGAAUCACUUCUUAUCACUUUCUUCGUUGUUCUUGAUCUUAUUCUGUUCUACGUAUUCUAUGAAGCUGUACUAAUUCCUAUGUUCCUUGUUAUUGGUAUUUGGGGAGGUUCAAAUACUCGAGUUCGAGCAACUUUCCUUCUAUUCCUUUACACACUAGCAGGAUCUCUGUUUAUGCUUCUAGCUAUUAUGGUAAUUUACUAUAAUCUUGGAACUACUGAUUUCAAUCUUCUUUCACUUAAUGAUCUUAGUUCUAAUGGACAAAAGAUUCUAUGGCUAGCUUUCUUCCUUUCUUUCGCUGUAAAGACUCCUCUUGUACCGUUUCAUGUAUGGCUUCCACGUGCUCAUGCAGAAGCUCCUGUAGGUGGAUCAAUGCUACUAGCGUCUCUAUUCCUAAAGCUAGCAACUUAUGGUUUCAUCCGAAUUCUUGUAGGUAUGAUGCCUGAUGCAACUUCUUAUUUCAGUCCUCUUGUGCAAACUAUCGCUAUUAUUACCCUAAUUUACUCAUCUCUAGCAACACUACGACAAUCUGAUUUCAAGGCACUUGUAGCUUAUUCAUCAAUUUCACAUAUGGCUGUAGUAGUACUUGCAAUCUUCUCUAAUACUAUUGUAGGUAUCGAAGGA